AUGGCAACUCAAUUCUUGAGGGCGGCGGCUCGCGCCGGAGUUCGAUCGCCUACGGUUGCUUCCCGUGGAUUCCAGACAAGCGCAGUACUGAGGCAGGAUGCUGUUGUUGCGCCGGCCAGGAAGCCCGUUGGUGCUUUUAGGGGAGGACUGUUCGGUUUCCUUGUCGGUGCGACGACAUCCGGCGCGGGCAUGUACUACUAUGUCAUUGACGAAUACCGCGUCUCCAACCAGCUCUUGACCGAAGACAUCUACGCUCUCCAAUCCGCGGUCCAACGGAUAGAAGGCUAUGUCCGCACCCUCGAGGACAAGGUCGACGCGAAGAAGCGAUAA